AUGGCGGCUGUCGAGAGGGAAAAGAGAAACAGGCGUGCGGAGAAACGCAAAGCAGAUGAUAUGAGUCCACCGAAGAGAAACAUUGACGAAAACUCCCCUAUAAUUUUGUCAUUCAAAAAUCACCAGAGAGAACUUGACUCAAGGCACGACAAACACGAGCGCUUAGUAAAAUGCAGCCGGGAUGUGACCAUAGCAAGUAAAAGAAUCAUCUUCCUUUUACAAAGGUUCCCCGGUUGUGAAAACCCGGAACAGAUUUUGAAAGAAGCAGAUGAGAAGUUUUUAGAAGUCAAGGAAUUCCUUAAAACGAUAGCCUCGGAGUUGGAAGGCGAAGACCCGUUCUUGUUCUCACGGGCAUAUUCACCAGGCGUCCAAGAAUACAUUGAAGCUCUGUCAUUCAGUCAUUAUCUGAGACACAAGACAUUGAUUUCGUUCGAACAAGUGAAAGCUUCUUUUGAGUUCUCUAGUGAUGGGGGAAAUGAUUUGGAUCUAAACCCGUUCGACUAUAUCCUUGGAGUAGCUGAUUUGACUGGAGAAUUGAUGCGCCUUUGUAUAAACAGCGCUGCAAAGGGGGACAAAAACACCCCUUUUGAGGUGUGUUCAUUUCUUCGCGAGAUACACGAUGCAUUCACGUCAUUCGGUAACGUUUCCAGAGACCUUGCCUCGAAAGUUAGAGUUUUAAAAACAAGUAUGCAAAAAGUGGAAACUGCUUGUUAUACUUUAAAAGUGAGAGGUUCAGAAAUCCCUCAGUUUGCCUUAGCUGAGGCGCUGAAUUCUGAAGUUGUUGUUGACAGAGAUCACAACUGA